AUUCACAUCGUCCUCAACGAACGAAACCCUCUCUCGCUCUCUCUGCUCUGCGCUGUAUACUGCUCCUGCUUGAUUUUUCUUCUACUUCAGCACAACAACAUGUUGGUUUAUCAGGAUUUAUUCACCGGUGAUGAGCUUCUCUCGGACUCAUUCCCUUAUAAGGAAAUUGAGAAUGGAAUUCUGUGGGAAGUAGAGGGGAAGUGGGUUGUUCAAGGUGCCGUUGAUGUUAACAUUGGUGCCAAUCCAUCUGCUGAGGGUGGAGGUGAAGAUGAGGGUGUCGAUGACCAAGCUGUUAAAGUUGUGGACAUCGUUGACACAUUUAGACUCCAGGAGCAACCUCCUUUUGACAAGAAGCAGUUUAUUGGAUAUAUAAAGAAGUUCAUUAAGGAAGUGACAGCCAAGCUGGAUGCGGAAAAACAAGAGCAUUUUAAGAAAAACAUUGAGGGAGCAACCAAGUUCCUUCUCUCAAAGAUCAAAGACUUCCAAUUUUUUGUCGGGGAGAGCAUGUCUGAUAAUGGAUCUCUAGUCCUUGCUUACUACAGGGAAGGUUCUGCUGACCCAACAUUUUUGUACUUCGCCCAUGCUUUGAAGGAGGUCAAGUGCUAAGAAGGGAGAGGAUAGCUGACUUCGAAGUGGAAGUUCUACUGUAGCUCUAGUUUUAUUUAUCUAUUUAUCUUUGUAUGUGGUUUUCUAUCUUUAUUUCAUGUCAUGAUUUUAGUAUUCUUGUGGUUGAAAAGGCUUUUUUAUUUAUUUGGUUGUUACCAUUUGUUUGACAAAUAAUCUUUUAUUGAGGAGUGUACUCUAAAUGCGAAGUGAUAGGACACUGUUAUCUAAUGUCUUGGGCAAUUUAUAUGACGUGAAAGUUAUGGGUUUCGACUUCUCUGA